AUGAGCUUGAAACGCACAGAUACUAUCGCUCGUGAACAACAAAUUCGUGAAUCAAUUCAUGAUAAAAAUGUUGCAUCAUCGACAUCCAUAGGUCUGCUAAACUUCCAUUUAUUCUCACGAUCUAGACGCAUCAAAUCAAAACGAUGUGAAAUUGUUAUUAUAACUAUCGUACAUAUUAUGUUUGCACUUUUUGUUCUUGGGCGUUUUACAAUAAAUAAUGGGCCUCUUAUUCAAGAAGCUUAUUAUGUUUUGAUCGAUACAUCAAAUGACUCAUUCAUGGAAACGCCAUCGUUUUUUGAAAAAAUUCAUUAA